GUUAUCAAGGUCAAUAUUCAGAACAACUUUUCUUACAUGUUACCGUUACUCGACUGUAGUUUCUGAGAUAUUCCUAAAUAUUUUUGUUACUACGGCAGUAUAAGUUUGGUAAUCGAACAAUCGCUUUUUUCAAUAUCAUGAUUAAAGUGCUUUUAAUUUCGAAUAACGAUAAUAAAAUAUAAAGCUUAACAUACAAAUUGACCAAGACUAACUAAACUUUUGUUCGAAUUAAUGGAUCACGUUCAAACGAACUAAUUACAACCGUCGCGCCGCGAUGUUAUAAAUAGAAAACUCUGAUCAUUUCUGUGGUCGGUAUUUCAGAACGUGAGACACGAUAUCUUAUAGAACUUUCAUUUAAUAUCGCGUCUAUUUUGUACUUAAUCAAUGGAUAUGGUCACAGACGAGAACCAAUCGAUACUGUCAUGUGCGAUAUUAUCCUCAUCUAAAUACUAUCGACAUGAAUAUCCAGAAGCCUGAGGGUCUUUUGUCGGUGGUUUUACCAAUUGAACUUGCGUCAUCGCCGAGUUCGCGGCAGCUCAUUAUAAGUCAGGACCAACAGGAAGAAGAGGCGUCGGAUUGCCCGCUUUUAACUCCUAGCCCACCGGCCACGCAACCAGACAAUGCCUUGGAAAUCAACACCAUUUUCUCUUCCUCGGAAGGAAAACCCGUGGAAUCGAUUCCUCCACCAACGCUCGAAAAUAUUAAUAAGGAGGAUGGGCUUAACGAGUUCAUGAAUAUAGUGAACAGCUCGAGUAGAGCACUGAACGAUGAACCAAGUUCGCGGGAUCCGAUGGUGGAAUCGACGACCAGCGGAAGCAGCAGCGACACAAACGAACCCGUUUGUGCACAGCUAUUGACGCAAUUGAACACAGCCUAUCAACAUCUUGCACCCGAUGCUCAAGCACUGUUUUACAAUCAGGAGAAUGGAGGAAAACCACCAUUGGUCGGGAUACAGCUGAUGGUACCGAAGCCGUCGAAGGAUUAUCGCUUCAUGAAAUGGAACUGGCCACUCAUACGGAAAACUUGCUUCUGGUCUCUGAUGUCGGUGCUGGCUGCAUGCGUAGCGCUCGUCAUUGGUGUAAUCGUCACAAUGCCGAAGAAGUGCGACCCUCCAGUUCAAUGGUGGCAAGGUAGCGUCUUCUACGAAAUAUUCCCCGCAUCGUUCCAAGAUUCCUCGAAAGGAAGUGACGGUAUCGGGGAUCUUCGAGGCAUAACGAUGCGUUUGGAUUAUUUAAAGAAAUUAGGCGUACGUGGGAUCCGCUUAAAUUCGAUCUUCCCAGCAGCACACUAUCCUGAAUAUUACACAAACAUCGAGAACCUGACAGACCUCAAUAAAGAAUUAGGAACGUUGGAUGAUUUCGCCGUGCUUGUGCACGAGACUCAUCGUCGAAACAUGAGCCUCGUUCUAGAUCUGCCGCUGUAUCCCUUUGUAAAGUCUUUGUAUAACGAAACUGUGCCCUCUGAGAAGCCGAAUAAAACAGACAAAGCCGUACGUGAGAGAAGAGACGUUACCGAGACCACGAUUCUGCAGGAGGUAACACCGACGACACCUUCCAUGUCGCUGCAAGCGAUUCGCCAAGCACUGUCCUCGGUGCCACCUUCUCUGGAUACCCCACAGCGUGAUCCGCUCACGUCGAAACACGCGAACAACGUGUCAGAGAACGGCAACGUGACAGGGGCUAUAAAAAUUUGGUUGCAAAGGGGAGUCGAUGGGUUUUACUUGAAAGGACUGGAACAUUACGUGGACGAAAGUUCCUUUGCUAGCAGCCUGAGACUCUGGAAGUCCAUCGUAGGCUCUGAGAGAAUACUUAUUUGUCACGUGGAUGCUUUGAACGCUGCCAAAUUGGUCGCAGCGAAAAACUCUAUUUUAAUGAAUAUGGAUCUUGUGGAUGUUACGUUGCGCGUGGCGAAUGGCACGAAAGAGAUCAAGCGCCAAGUAGAGCAUAUUACAAAAGGUGUGUUGUUUAAAAAGCCGGGUUAUCCUUGGAUACACUGGUCCAUAGGUGGCGUGGACUUGAAACGAAUAGCUUCUACCAUUAGCGUGCAGAAUGCUACCCAUGCUAUGACUUUGUUAGGGAUGAUGCUUCCGGGAACGUCCAGUAUAUUCUAUGGUGACGAGAUAGGUAUGUUGGACUGUGAAUGCAAAGAUCAUAAGGAUCUUGCUCACGUGCACAACUUAGCUCCUAUGUAUUGGGAGGAAAUCGGCGGUUCUGAGAUUAAGUUUACAUCCGGCGGUGUCACGGCCUGGCUUCCGGAAUAUAGGAAACCGUUGGAGACUAGCUUGACUGGAACCAUCGCUAAAAUGGCUUCUCUCAGAUCGGAAACUACGCCAAUCUAUGUUAAAGCGGUGCUAAAGGAGAAUCAGGUGCUGGCAAACUGUAAUAUUAGGUAUGCAGAAGAUGAAAUGAUCGUGGUGGAACGAUGGUAUCCACGACGAAACUCUUACGUGUUUUUAGCGAACCUGGGCAACCAAACGCAAACAAAGGACUUGUCCUUCCUUUAUUACGGUGGUCAUGUGGUAGUCGGGCCAUCGUAUAGAUUAAACAAAGACGUAUAUUUCAAAGAACUUAUCAUACCUCCGGGAGAAGCUUUCGUUAUAAAGCUUGAUAAAUGAAGAUUUGUUACUGAAUUAAAGAUCAAUGCAACGUUCAUUUUAUAUGUACGAUCAAGAUUUUUAGCGUCUUUGAUUAAUAUGAUCAGCGUGAAUUUGUGAUAUUUUAUUUGGAGGAUAUCGUUGACGUUGCGAACGUUGUACAACGAAUGUUUAGAUAUGUUUAGAAAGUUCCUAUUUUAAUAAAUAAAUCGAUUAGGAACCACAGUGUCCAACAAAGGAAGAACGAUUUGGCGAAAAAAUAAAUGGGGUAUAUAUGAUGUGGAAAGGAAGAAGAAAAAGAGAAGUUUGUACGGUCUCAACGAUUACAUAUACAUACACGGGUAAAAUGUGCUUAGACACAAAAUCAAAAGCUCACGAUAAAAAUCAAAUCCUAUAUUGUUAACUUUAAUCUGGUUGGUGAUAAUGAAGAAGCACAACGAAACGAUUGCGCAUUUCACAUUCCAAAAAAAGACAGAUCAUUUCACGUUUGCCUGUGUUCAUUUUAAUGAUCAACGUCUAGGACGAGAUUACUUCGCUGAUUUGUAUAUCUUUUAAUCAUUUUGAUAAUAAAGCCAAAGAUGCUUGCGGUUCGAUUGAUUAUAUUCUCAGUCAUAAGGCGAAUUCCAUAUUAAAGUCGGUAUACUUCGUAUCUCGCAGAUUACAGGAAAUUUAUUCGUGUCACUGGGUACGAUUUUAAAUUUUUAAAUCGAUCUAAAAUAUAGCUAAUAUUUUUAUAUAACGAAUUUUAUCGCGUGUAAAGAAUUGUUCGCAACGUGUAAUUUUCACUUCUUUUAUAAUCAUUUUGGUACUAAUCGAGUGAUACUUUAUCGAUGCGUAAAUUUAAACGGUGCUGACGCAGAAACAAUCCUUUUUGUAUUCUUAUUCGACAUUAUGUGACACGUCAUGUGUUCUCGUGACAUGAAUUUUAUAAGUUACACGUGACUUUAUGUAAACGUAUAAUUCGAUCGAACAUGAAUAUUCCGAUACAAAUUUCGUAAUAGUAUGUAUUAUGAAGGAAAUACAAUAUUUGUUAUCUAUAAUGUAUCCUAUGUAUUCAAAUUUUUACUUUAACAAAGUUCGAUUUUGAUGUGGAUAUUAAUAUUCGGAAAUAAAACAGAAAAUUUUAUCUCAUAAUUAUUUAAUUUUGCUAAUUAAUUUAUUUUCCAAUUGUAAUAAUAGUGAAAUUAAUAAAAAAUGUACAUUUGAAAUGUUGAGUUACAGUCGAGUUGAUUUGUAUUGAGCGCCACUUGCGUUGAACGUUUCUCGCUAGUACUCGCAUUUGCUACUUGUUCAUAUAUAAGAGAGCUCCGUACUUGACUUCAGCGAAGCAUUCCUUCGAGCUACACCGCGGAGCCACAGUCGGAGUUCUUAGUAACUUUUUCAUGCUCUGAGGAAAGUCCCUGGACCGUGGGCAGAAAGUGCCGUAGCGCUAUCUGCUGCUAGCCUCCUGUCGUCUUUCUCGACUUAGGGAUAGGAAGCUUCGGCAGAUCCUUUCGAGUUAGGACGGGAGUGUAUUGGUCAAAGAAAAGUAAUGUGGUUAGAGACGAGAAUUUCUAAAUUAGAUUUCCGUGUCCAACUAAACAGGGCUCAUGACGAAGGGAAGCUUCCAUUUUUU